AUGGAAAUUACUAUUCUAUUCGAUGCGACUAUUGUUCUAAGCAUUGGAGGAAUACCCGAUGCGACUAUUGUUCUAAGCAUUGGAAAAGAGGCAAUGGAAUCACAUUUAGCUAAUGAAUGUUUCAGUUGUCCACAAGAUAUACAAAAUAUUGGCAGGAUAAAAACUCGCAAAAUCAAUAGAUCCU